AUGUCAACAGCGAGCGACACAUACCUUUAUGAGAAACAAUUCCUGCUAUCGGCGGAACGAGGCGAUAUCGGAAGCGUCCGGAAGCUACUCGAAUUUUAUAAAUGCACCGAUGCAUUCAAUAUUAACUGCUUGGAUCCAUUAGGAAGAUCUGCGCUUCAUAUAGCAGUGGAGAAUGAGAAUAUUGAGUUGAUCGAGCUUUUGCUGGACCAUAACAUCGAGACUGGCGAUGCCAUCCUCUAUGCUAUUGUCGAAGAAAACGUCGAAGCUGUGGAAAUUUUACUGGAACAUCUGGAAAAAAUUGGCAAAUUCAAUCCCGAAGUUAGCUUUGCUGCAUUUGUCGCGUGUGCUUUGCUCAAAAGCUGUAGGUACUUACUCUGUUCUGAUGCUCUCCCUUCCUAA